AUGGACUGGACGCUGCAAAACCCGGCGUCCAUGCGCGCCAAUAACGCCAUGAUGGGUGAAUGGGCAGCAGUUCCGGAUAUGCCUUCCUUCAUGCCUUUUAAAAAGAAGCAGCCUCACGAGUCGCAUCCUUCGCUGGGUCAUUUGACCCUCUUGGUCUUCGAGGCCGUUAUGGAAGUCGUCUGCGUCGCUCUUCCAGGGUAUAUCAUUGCGCGCCUGGGACACUUUGAUGCCGAGAAACAGAAGUUCCUCGCCAAUCUCAACGUUCAGAUCUUUACGCCGUGUCUGAUCUUUACUAAGCUCGCAUCCCAGCUGAACGCUGACAAAUUGGCCGACUUGGCCAUCAUCCCCAUCAUCUUCAUUAUCCAGACACUUGUUUCCUAUGUCGUAUCCCUCGGUGUAUCCAAAGCUUGCCGGCUGAAGAAGCGCCCCGCCAACUUUGUGACUGCCAUGGCCGUCUUCGGAAACUCGAAUUCCCUGCCUAUAUCGCUCGUUCUCUCCUUGUCGCAGACAAUUCAGGGAUUACACUGGGACCGAAUCCCCGGCGACAACGACGAUGAGGUCGGUGCCAGAGGUAUUUUGUAUCUCAUGAUCUUCCAGCAACUCGGCCAGCUGGUGAGGUGGACAUGGGGCUACAAUGUCCUGCUUGCGCCAAGAACAGUGGAAGACCAUGAUGGCAACGACUACGACAGUAGUCGCACGUUGGAAGAAGGCAACCAGAUUGACGAGGCUCCGCCAGGAGCUGGAGGAGUUCUCAUACCCGGGCUUGAUUCCGGCAUUGUCGACCAGGAGGACGGGCACAGGAGUUCGGACGAGUCGGAUGCGUAUGAGCCCGCCGGCCGCACCCCAGUUGCUGGCACUUCCAGAGCUUCACCCAAUGACUCCGAGGAUGAAGGGGAAAACUCCAUGCUCAUUAAAAAGCCUCGCGGCCAUGGUUCGAAAUAUAAGACUGAUAACGCACCAUUCGCCCUACCUCACACCGCAUCCGACGACGAAAUUAUGUCUUUCCCUCGGAUGCACGAAAGUGAUGAGCUUGAAACCUCCAGCGGAGUCAAGGGCCUGAUCUCGCGGACUAGUUUCAACGCCAAAAGAAGAUGGGCUGUUGUCAAGACGAAAACCACUCGUGUGUCGCAGCGCGCUUUUCACGGGCUUCCUCUACCUUUGCAAGCCGUUCUGAACAAAUUUGGCCACGCGCUGUCACGUUUCUUCAACGGACUUGCUGAGUUCAUGAAUCCUCCUCUAUGGGCUAUGCUUAUUGCUAUCAUUGUGGCUUCGAUUCCUGAUCUACAGCGUCUAUUUUUCCAGGAGGGGUCCUUCAUCAAGAACAGUGUCACGUCAGCAGUGUCUUCUAGCGCAGGCGUUGCCGUGCCUUUGAUUUUGGUGGUACUUGGCGCGAAUCUCGCUAGGAACACCCAACCCCAAGAAUCCAAGGACCCAGAGGAGGAGCAAAUUGGAACUCGGCUGCUUGUGGCAUCCCUGAUCAGCCGCAUGCUACUACCAACACUUAUCAUGGCACCCAUCCUCGCCUUGAUUGCUAAGUUCAUCCCUGUCAGCAUCUUGGACGACCCCAUCUUCGUUAUUGUGUGCUUCUUGCUCAGUGGUGCGCCAAGUGCACUUCAAUUGGCACAGAUAUGCCAACUCAACGAGGUGUAUGAGCUUGUUAUGUCCAAGAUAUUAUUCCAGAGCUAUGUUAUUUGGAUUCUACCAUCGACCCUCGUACUCGUUAUGCUUGCACUCGAAACUGUCGAGUGGGCUAAAUAA